AAAUAUGGCAUGUUAGAAAGUGUAGAGUCUCGGGUGUAAUUUCUGCAUAUGCACAGUGAUAUGGAGGAAUGUUGAGAAUGUUGACCCGGCGUCCCUGGCAAUCAAGUGGAACUGUCAUAAAGAACAGCCUUGGUGAGGAGUUUUACCGCGAGGCCAUCGAGCACUGCCGCAGUUAUAAUGCUCGACUUUGUGCUGAACGCUCCAUGCGCCUACCCUUUCUUGACUCCCAAACAGGCGUAGCACAGAGUAACUGCUACAUAUGGAUGGAGAAGACCCAUCGUGGGCCAGGUGUGGCUCCAGGGCAGCUCUAUACCUAUCCUGCACGCUGCUGGAGAAAGAAGAGACGGUUAAACAUCUUAGAAGAUCCACGUCUUGGACCCAUCGAGUUUAAAAUUGACUAUGAAGCAGCACUAAAGAAGGAAGGGGGUGUUCCUGAGGGUCCCGUUCUGGAGUCACUCCUCAGUGGAGAACUGCUGGAUAAGAAGGUUGAAACAAAGGAGGAGGAACCCAUGAGUGAAUGCCAGAAGCUGCUGGUGGGAGAUUUUCCUCACGAGUUGGACAUGGAUGAGAUGGAGGAGGAUGUUCCCAAACGCAAGAAUCGCACCAAAGGACGGGCAUGUGGUGUUGGGGGGAUGAGAAAGAGACAGGAACCAGCAUCCCUAGAGGAUCGAGACAAGCCAUAUGUGUGUGACAUUUGUGGGAAGCGCUACAAGAACCGUCCAGGUUUGAGUUACCAUUACACUCACACACACCUGGCAGACGAGGAGGGUGAGGAAGACUCCGAACGGCACACACUGCCCUUCCAGCGCAAGAACAACCACAAACCCAAAAAAGCAGCCGACGGUUCUGUCAUCCCGAACGGCUACUGUGACUUCUGUCUAGGAGGCUCUAAGAAAACAGGCUGUCCUGAAGAUCUAAUUUCCUGUGCGGACUGCGGCCGAUCAGGUCAUCCGUCGUGCCUGCAGUUCACGGUCAACAUGACGGCGGCGGUGAGGACCUACCGCUGGCAGUGCAUCGAGUGCAAAUCCUGCAGCCUGUGCGGAACAUCAGAGAAUGAUGUAAGUCAACUGAACGAAGCAACUUACAGUGGACUCUUUGUUGUGGAGCUGGAGUUGCCAUCUGUGUCUGCGCCAGCUAAAGGAAAAAGCGUCCGCCUACAUCACACUAACCUAAUCUCCGUCCCUACUUCACCCUAG